AUGCAACCCAACCUCUACCAACCCAAAUUCAAUGUAUGUCUCAGAAACAAAACCUCGCUAAAAAUAAGAAAUGUAAGCAAACCCGUCAAACCCCCCCCCCACCCAUCCACCCACCAUCCACCCACCAUCCACCCACCAUCCACCCACCAUCCACCCACCAUCCACCCACCAUCCACCCACCAUCCACCCACCAUCCACCCACCAUCCACCCACCAUCCACCCACCAUCCACCCACCAUCCACCCACCAUCCACCCACCAUCCACCCACCAUCCACCCACCAUCCACCCACCAUCCACCCACCAUCCACCCACCAUCCACCCACCAUCCACCCACCAUCCACCCACCAUCCACCCACCAUCCACCCACCAUCCACCCACCAUCCACCCACCAUCCACCCACCAUCCACCCACCAUCCACCCACCAUCCACCCACCAUCCACCCACCAUCCACCCACCAUCCACCCACCAUCCACCCACCAUCCACCCACCAUCCACCCACCAUCCACCCACCAUCCACCCACCAUCCACCCACCAUCCACCCACCAUCCACCCACCAUCCACCCACCAUCCACCCACCAUCCACCCACCAUCCACCCACCAUCCACCCACCAUCCACCCACCAUCCACCCACCAUCCACCCACCAUCCACCCACCAUCCACCCACCAUCCACCCACCAUCCACCCACCAUCCACCCACCAUCCACCCACCAUCCACACAGCCUUUAUAUCCUUCUCUCGUUCCAUCGACUUCUUAUACAGUCUUUGUGGCCGCAGUUCAGCUUUUAA